UCACUAAAAUCAUGUGAUUGAACGUUGAGCGAGUUUUGUCAGCUGACUGAACUGCUUCGCCGCUAGUGCUUUCAGACGCAGGGAAGACUAGCUGAGGAGAUGUCUACCCGUGUCCAGCCCAUUCAGGCCACCACCGACUGCAAGGACCAGAAUUUUGAUGGCAUAGUUUUGGUCGCUGAGGGCGUUGAAAAGCUGCCCAAGGAGCUGGAAUGCCUGAAAGCGCCUCUGGUGGACUACAGCUCUGUGGACAAUGGGCUCGGGGACGAGGUGGUUGUCCUGAAGGUCCCUGGUCUUCCCGGCAACAGGCUGGUGUUUGCAUCCACAGGCCCCGUGAACCGGGACUAUGACGACGUCAGGAGGUUCAGCGAUGCUGCCCUCAACGGCAUUAAGAGGGCAUUGAAAGCCGGCCUGCAGCGCCCUCUGCUGGUGUGUCCUCCUCACAGCAGUUAUGAGAAGAGCGCUCUGGUGGGCCUGUUGGGAGCCCUGCAAGCACUCUACCUGCCUCUGGAACUGCGUGACGUGAAGCCCUCCCCCCACAAGGUGGCAGUAUUGGGUGUGUGGAUGAAUGAUGCGCAAAAGGGAAAAGAACUGGUUGACCUGGCCACUGCACUGGAGAGUGGACGGCUGGUGUGUCGGGAUAUUGGGGGCUCAGACCCAGAGCGCAUGGCGGCACCUCGAGCGGCCGAGUAUGUUCAGGGGAUCUUCAAAGACAGCCCUGUGGAGGUGACUGUGGUGAGUGAUCUGAAUGUGCUGGAGAAGGAGUACCCCUGUCUGGCUGCAGUCAACCGAUGUGCCAACGCUGUGCCACGCCACCAGGCCAGAGUGAUCAAGCUGCAGUAUUGUGGAGAGGGACCCAUACAGCAGACUCUCAUGCUGGUGGGCAAGGGUAUCACCUAUGACACCGGUGGAGCUGACAUUAAGGCCGGAGGUGUGAUGGCCGGCAUGCACAGAGACAAGUGUGGAGCAGCCGCUGUGGCAGGGUUCUUCGAGAUACUGGCCAAGCUGAAGCCCAAGCACCUGAAGGUGGUGGGUUCCAUGGCGAUGGUGCGCAACAGUGUCGGUUCAGACUGCUACGUGGCGGACGAGUUGAUGGUGUCGCGUGCUGGCCGGCGUGUGCGUGUGGGGAACACUGACGCUGAGGGGCGCAUGGUCAUGGUGGACCUGCUGUGUGAGAUGAAGGAGAAGGCUUUCGGAGAAGUGAAUCCUGAAUUGUUCACCAUUGCCACCUUGACUGGACAUGCCAUUCGUGCCAUGGGGCCCAACUACUCCAUCAUCAUGGACAACGGGGCUGCCCACCGCGCUGAAACUGCCCUGAAGAUGCAGAAAGCGGGUGACGUGCUGGGCGAUGUGUUUGAGGUGUCCAGCAUUCGCCGCGAGGACUACGAGUUCCACAAGGGCAAGUCUGAGUACGAGGACAUCCUGCAGGCCAACAACCUGCCGUCCACUCUCACUCCCCGAGGCCACCAGGCCCCCUCCGCCUUCCUCAUCAUGGGCUCCGGACUGGACAAGUGCGGUGUGGACUCCGACAAGCCGCUGCCUUACUCCCACAUCGACAUCGCCGGCUCCUCCGGACCCUUCCCAGGGGUCCCCACCGGCGCUCCCAUCCUGGCCAUGGCCACCAAGUACGCCCUGUUCUAGAACCGAGGAACAGAGCGGCCCCGCACAGCGCUAUCAGAGACCGUCCCUCUCCGCCAGGCUUUUGCACACACAUUCAACCAGUUGUCCAUCAUGUCUGUGCUGAACUUGCUUAUUUGUCUGUACCAACUCAGUGAUCCAGUGACAACGGUUCAAUUUAACUGUUGGGUUGACAUUUCGUCCAUCUUUUUUUAAGUUCUCUUCUCUGAUAUGGUUUGUAAUGUGUUA